UGGGGAGAGGGUGCUGUCCUGACGGGGCUGACCUGCAGGGGGCGUUGCUGCUCACUGCCGGCCCCUCUGUCAGACAGCAAGAGUCACCAGCACUUUGCUCACAGCCGGAUAAGCAGCACAUUACUCCAGGCUACAGGGGCUCACUGCUUGUGGAUGUAAAUGUCUGAGGACAAGGAAGCCCAGGAGGAUGAGCUGCUUGCUUUAGCAAGUAUCUAUGAUGAGGAGGAGUUUCACAGGGCCGAGACGGCGCAGGGAGGAGAGAUCCAGCUCUGCCUGGAGCUGCCUCCUGAUUUCAAAGUUGUUGUCAAAGGAGAGAAGCAAAGUGAGUACAAUGUAUGCUUCCUGCCUCCUUUGGUGCUCAACUUUGAGCUUCCUGCAGAUUAUCCAUCCACCUCCUCACCGGUUUUCACAGUUAGCUCCAAAUGGCUGACCAGAGCUCAGAUGAGCUCACUGUGCCGACGUUUGGACGACCUGUGGGAGGAGAACCAGGGCAGUGUGGUGCUUUUCACUUGGGUUCAGUUCCUGAAGGAGGAGGCUCUGGACUUUCUGAACAUCCAGUCUCCUCUGGAGAUCAUCAGGGUGGGGAGCAAAGCAGGUGUUGAGCGCAGGAAGGCCGAGGGUGCCACCCCAGCUGUGAAACAGUCUGAGACUGAAAAUCAUGAGAAGAAAAGGCAAGCGAGGAAAGGACAGUCUGAGCCACAGUCGUCUUUGUCAUCCUCAUGUCAACUGGACCCGCGUGCUGUGCUGUUGGUGGACCCGCGCACCGACAUCCUACCUCAGCUUCUGGACUUUGAUGAAGCACAGCGCCAGAAAGUGUUUGACAGCAAGGUGUUCUGCUGUGGGAUCUGUUUCACGGAGAAGCUGGGCUCGAGCUGUUUCUGCUUUAACAAGUGCCAGCACGUCUACUGCAACGCCUGCAUGACCGAAUACUUCCAGAUCCAGAUUCGGGAUGGGAACGUUCAGUGCCUUAAUUGUCCAGAGCCCAAAUGUACCUCUUUAGCGACACCGUUACAGGUGAAGCAGCUGGUGGAUGAGGAGCUGUUUGCCCGUUAUGACCGUCUGCUGCUCCAGUCCAGUCUGGACCUCAUGGCUGACGUGGUGUACUGCCCCCGCCAGUCCUGUGCCACUGCUGUGAUGGUCGAGCCAGACACCACCAUGGGCAUUUGCCCAGCUUGCCAGUAUGCCUUCUGCACCCUCUGCAAGCUGGCCUAUCAUGGUCUGUCCCACUGCAAAAUCACCUCAGACGAGCUGCGUGGCCUCAGAGAUGAGUACCUGUCAGCCACAUCUGAGGGCAAAAAGUUCAUGGAGCAGCGCUUUGGGAAGAGGGUGAUCCAGAAAGCAGUGGAAGAGUCCUUUAGCAGAGACUGGCUCAAUGAGAAUUGCAAAUGCUGUCCGCGCUGUGGAACCAAUAUACAGAAAGUGGACGGCUGUAACAAGAUGACCUGCACCUCCUGUAAGCAAUACUUCUGUUGGCUGUGCCUGGGCCAGCUCAGCAAAGUCAACCCUUACAGUCAUUUCAACAACCCAAACUCGCCCUGUUAUAACCAACUCUUCCACGGCGUGGAUGUUGAUGAAGAAGAUGCCUUCUGGAGUGAUGAAGAAGACUGAUACAAGUGCAAUACCUCCCUGCUGUGUACUUUGUUUGAACGCACUUUAUCACACUUCACUGUCACUUCACCUCUGACAUUCAUUAUGCCUACAUUAGCACACACACAGUGCCAGGACCACAGUACCAUCUGUUGACGUUACGUUUGGAUACAAUCAAGCAUUUUAUGUGGAUGUAAAAGAUAGCUGAUCUCUUGCCAUUAAAAAAAAGGGGAAAUUAAAGCUUUUCUCUCAGAGAGAAAUUCAGCCAUGGGCAUAGCUUUUCCUCCAAGAUUCCUCUAAGUUGGUGUUCUGUAAGCGAAAUGAGAUGUGUUAUUAAAUUUCAAAUUUUCCCUUCAUAAGUUACUCGUCAGUAUCAAGGAAACUGCACACUGUUGUUGGACAGCUCUGAGAUGGUUGUCAGUUUUUAGGUAGUAGUGUUCUCAUUGAACUUGGAGAAUUCAAUUCUAGAUGUUAAGUAUAUUCAAGAUACUGACUGUUUAUAUGGUUUUCUUUCAGACAGUUCAGAUUUUAUUAUGUUGCAGGAUUUUUAACUUUAGAGAACAAGUGAAAAAAGUAAUAGUUUACAGGUAUUUUUUAGGAAAUGUCUGUAGCAGAAUAACAACCUUCAAGUCUAUUUUGGUGGAAUUUCCUUUUUAUCUUAAUUGAUUUUGACAUCUCUCAAGCUACUAACCACUAGGGGUUACUGGUGGGACGGCUGACAAAGCCCAGUUUGGUUUGUAACAUGGUUGUAGAUUAUAGCUCCAUAUGUUCUCAGCACAUGUUUUUAGCAUCAUAAUCACGUGAUGCUUAGUAUCGUAACUAUCUGGCCAGCCAUCUCUCCCGUGUCAAAAGAAUGACACAGGUUGGUUUUUCUAGCAAACUCAGAGGUGAAUUUGGAAACGAAUUUCAUGACCUGGCUGGAUUUGUUAGAUACAGCGUUUGCACAAGGAUAAAUGGCUGAAAGCAAACCUGGAGAUGGUGUUUUUUCCUCCACUGUGCACAGAGCCAUCAUUCAUCUGAAGUUUGUUCUGGCCUUAAGGACUAUGUAGGGCAGCUGCUAGAAUGGGAGACCCUCAUGCCUGUUUGAGAAUUAUGUACUUCCUUCCUAAUGUACUUCCUUCUCUCAACGUGUAAAAUCAUUAGUAGAGAUUUUCGUUAAGGUGUAAUAUUCAGGCUUGGGUCAUAUUGAACCCAUGCAGUAAAAAUCUUCAUUAAUGUUCUGAACUUCCUUUUGUCCAGAUGAUGGAAUUGACAAGGAGAGUGAAGAUUAAUUUCUUGAGAGUGGCUGGGCGAGUGGUUUCAUUAUUUUUGAUAUAUUCGCGUCGAGAGAAGGUCACGUUAGAGGAAGUUACACUUGGUCCUUUGCUGUGUUUCCUAGCAUUGAGAUUAUGGUGUGUGGUGGUGGUGGUAGUACUUCUUUCCCAAAGUACAGUAAUUCAGGGAAUGUGGUGUGUGGCGUGAAAUUCUUAGUUGGAAAAACUUGCCCAGCCAAGUAUCUGGAAUUACUACUUAUCAUGAAUGAGUUUAGUUUUUAUUUUGUAUUGCCAAAUUGUUUAUGAAAGGCCAUAGAAAUAUAACUCAAUAUUGUUUGUUUUCCAGGUGCACACACAUCUUUCUUGUAUACUUUUAAUUUAUGUUUCCAGUUUAGACAGAGUAGACAGUAAUCAGAUUGAUUAAUUGUCUUACAUUUGUUUGAAAUUGAACACCUGGUGUAUGUCUUUUAUGUUUUGCAAAUAAUUCUUUUUUCAGUGCUGAGUGAUUUGUUUCUCACUACUUUAAAAAGUCCAGACUACCUCAGACUUAUGCUGGUCUGGAAACGUGGACAAAAUGGACAGAAAGAAAAAAAUGUCUCUUUUGCAAUCCUGAUACACACAUGGUUUCACAUUUUAUGUAGUUGCAGAUCCACUGUCACUUCAUAUCUUGUGAUAUUUAUUGUAAAGACGUUUCAGUCCUAUAAAAUGAGAUGACAUUACUGGGCUUAAUUUGGGACACUGCAGAAACAUGUUAAAAUACAUUCAGCAUACAGUUCUUCAGAAUAAAUAUUAUCACUUAA